UAUGUGUGUGUGUGUGUGUGAGUGGGUGCGUUUGUUGUUGUUUGGGAUUAUAAUCGUCAGCUCGUCGUCACCUGUCACUUCUGCGGCGUCGGCGACCGCGUUUACACCAAUUUAACGGCAACUUCACCGCGACUUUGCCAUGUUUUUACCGGCUUUUACUGCGCGGUUUGUGGCUGAAGAAGAGGAAGCAGUGAAUCACUGACACCUGCUGCUGCUGCUACACACACACACACACACACACACAUACGCGCGCGCACGCGCUCGCAGGCACAGGUGAGGACACACACAGGUGACAAUCUCGUGGACAAUCGCCUCAAACUGUGGAUUAAAACCGCGCUCGGUGAUAUUUGUUGGCCGCGGUCUUCGGUAUGAAGGUGACGGUAACCUUCGGGGACACCGCGGUUGUGGUUCCCUGUAAAACCACCUGGACCGUACGCGAUCUAAGCGACCAAGCCACGCGCCGGUACCGGAGGAUUCUCGAGCACGUACAGCAUGGAGAUCCUGCUGUGAAAACACACCACUUGGAAUAUGCUGAGGGAGGAAUCCUGGACAUGGACGACCUGCUGAGUGAUCUCGUGGAGGACAGAGACAAGCUGGUCGCAGUGUUCGGCAGAGUGGAGCCGGGGAGGACGGACAGUCCCCGGGAGGACACGUCCAACUACUCCAGCCCCGCCCCCAGCCCCGCCCCCAGCCCCGAGCCCCUCCACUACUACUCGCACCUGCACUUCCUGGAGCCGACGAGCGGCGAGAUCGAAGUCAACGAGGCCGUCCUCAAAGCGAAUACACCUCUGCUGGUGAGGAGCAGCAGCGACUCGGCGUUGGUCCCGCCUCAUGAGACGGCGCACACGUGGACACCUGAGGACCACGGGACCAGGUCUCCUGAAGUGGAAAUCAACCAUGUUCUGAAAGGAGCGCUGGAGCGACUGCGCACGGACGACGACUCUCCGCCCAGGAUGAACAAGGUCAACUUCAGCACCCUGACCAGGACUAUGGAGUUCCCUGCUGACCGAGGGCCUCUGGGAAUCCAUGUGGUCCCGUACUGCUCCUCUCUGAGUGGACGGAGCCUGGGUCUUCAUAUCAAAGGCAUCGAGGAAAACAGUCGCUCCAAGAAGGAGGAUCUCUUCAAAGAGGGCGAGUCCAUCGUCCAAAUCAACGACACGCCGCUGGAGGACAAGUCCUUCGCAGAGUCACAGGAAGUGUUCCGCCAGGCCAUGACCUCGUCCUCGUCCUCCCACGUUCGCCUGGAGGUCCUGCCCGUCGCCAACAAGCUGCGCUACGAGAAGAGCCUGAUAGGCCAGUUAUUCACCGGCGACAUCAAAGACCCCGCCUCCAAAACUAAGAGUCCGCUGCUGGUCCGGGCCUUGCAGCCAGAACCCAAACCGGAACCCAAGCCGGACUCCAAACUGAGCCAGGAGGUGAGGAGACCAGGUGCACGUUCCAGACCUCCAGAUCCAGCACCGGUGGAGCUCCAGCCUGGUCCUUCCUCUCUGGACAGAGUCUCUCCGGCUCCUCCCACCCGAGCGGCGAGCUCCUCCCCUCAGCCCAGAACCCGCAGUCAGAGUCCAGCGAGCAGCAAGAGUCCAGUUUCUCCAAGUCUGCCCAACAUCAGCGGCAAGAAGCCGGGCAGACGGAUCAAGAUUGACCUGAAGAAAGGCGCCGAGGGCCUGGGCUUCACCGUGGUAACCAGGGACUCGUCGGUCCACGGACCAGGACCCAUCCUGGUCAAGAACAUCCUGCCGCGAGGAGCCGCCAUCAAAGACGGACGUCUGCAGCCCGGAGAUCGAAUCCUGGAGGUAUGACCGCGACCACGUGGCGUGGACAGCGGCCGCAGUCAGGAGUUGGUGGCCAUGCUGCGCAAACAGGGAGAGAGUGUGUUUGUGUUGGUGUCUCGACAGGACGACGUCUUCCUGCCACGAGAACUGAAAGGCGAGGAAGUGACCAGCGUGGUGUUGGAGGACGGCAGGGAGCAGCUCAUGUACGAGAUCCCUCUCAACGAGACCGGUUCUGCCGGACUGGGCGUCAGCCUGAAGGGCAACAAGUCCAGAGAGACCGGGGAAGACCUGGGCAUCUUCAUCAAGUCCAUCAUCCACGGAGGAGCCGCGUACAAGGACGGACGUCUGUCCGGGAACGACCAGCUGAUCGCCGUCAACGGCGAGUCGCUGUGCGGCCGCUCCAACCACGCUGCCAUGGAAACGCUGCGGCGUUCCAUGUCGUCGGAGGGAAACGCCAGAGGAACCAUUCAGCUCGUCGUGCUGCGAGCGCCCGCGCAGAGGGGCAGUGAUGUCUCCACAUCAAACACAGGGACAGACACGUCCACCACCCAUCAAUCCCAUCAGUCCAACUCCCACGCCGGCUUCAGCAAUCAGGUACGAGUGAGUGACGCCUGCACGCAGCAGCAGCAGCAGUCUCCUCCUCCGCGUCGCUCCGCCUCCUCGCUCCUCCUCCCCACAGCGAGGAGGAGGCGAGCGUGUCAGAGUCACACACACAGCGGGUACAUGUACAGGUUUCACCACAGCGAGAGGCAAAGCGAUGAUGAUGAUGAUGAUGAUGAUGAAGAUGAAGGGAGGCGGGGCAGGCCGAGUACGACGUACCAGUUUGGGUUGGCGUCCCACAGCUUAAACACAUACACGCAGAACAUCAGGGCCAUGGCGGGCCAGAUGUACGGAGACCCGCCCCCUCACGGCAGGACACGCCCACACAGGUCCGCGUACGUUUACGACUUCACGCGCGACACCAGGAAACAGCAGCUCAGACUCUCUGGUGAAGAGAGAAAGUCACACGACGUUUAUCACAAAACGCCGAGAUCUGCAAACUUUGACUUUCCAACGACGUCCAACAAUUAUUCACAGAGCAACGACCGAGCUCCGUAUCCCACGGCGACCACUAAUGGCAGCUACGGUCACUACGGCAACGAGGACGAGGAUCUGGGCACGGGUUUCCCUCCGCCUCCCUCUCCAGGAACUGUGGAGGAAAUGAACAGAGACUCGUCGCCGACGCCCACUCAUCAUCGCAGAGAGCCUCAGAUGCCGUCUAACGUGGCAGCUCCUGUAUAUCGCCAACGAGCCAAUGACAGGGACAACAGGCCUCGCAACAGAGAGUCCAAGAGCAUGGACAUGGUGGCUGAUGAGAGCAACAUCGGGUCUCUGGCCGCGCGGAAGAAAGAACCUUCAGGUGGUGCAGCUCUGGGUCCGACUCUGGGCCUGUGGAAGUCCAGCUCUCUGGAGAGUCUGCAGACCGCCGUGUCCGAGGCCAAGCAGAGCCACAAGCAGGCCCACGUCCCCUUCCACCGCCCGCGGCCGCACAUGGUGCGCGGCCGGGGAUGCAACCAGAGCUUCCGCACCGCCAUCGACAAGUCCUACGACGGACCCUCUGAGGACGAUGACGACCUGUCGGAGCAGAGCUCGGGUCACGAAACGCCCGCCAGCACUUCCUCCCGCCAGGGCCUGGACGUGGAGGACGACAAGCAGAGUAAGACCAAAGGGAAGAAGAAGAAGGACAAGAAGGGCAAGGGGAAGAAGAAAGGCUCCGACGGUUCUUUGGAGGACCUGGAUAAAAAGACCAAAAAGAAAGGAUUUGGUCUCCUGAGGUUUGGCAAGAAGAAAGACGAGCGGAGCAAAGACGCGGCCAAAGCAGCCAAAAGUAAACUGGAGGCUCUGAGUGAAGAGGAACUGAACCACAGGGUUCCCGACAACAGAGACGGCUACGAUCCUCGCUACGCUGAGGUCCGCUCCGGCCACGCCCCCCCGGACACGGGCUCCUUCCCCGACUUGGCCGACGACGACAGCGACCCCAACUACGCCCGCAUCGACCACUUCCGCCAGCCUCCGUCACCUCAGGCGUUGGCCAGCCGCACGCCCUCCCCUGCAGCAGCAGCAGCAGCAGCAGCAGCAGCAUCUGGACCUCACGUGGCCCAGGUCUCUGCUGAGGAGCUGGACGGUCUCUACGCCAAGGUCAACAAGCCCAGACCUCAUCUGCAGAAUCAGCAGAAUCAGCAAGCAAACAGCAGCGAUCAGCAUUUCCAGGGCGUGCGUCAGGAUUACCCGCGGUCUCGAGCCGCUCCCGUGUACGAGGACCUCGACGCAGCGCGGCGCCGGCUCCUGGAGAACGACCCGAACCGGAUGGCGCCGAGAGCAGCCGAAUCUCGACCGACGCAUCGCUACGAAGAAAUAGACCGGUACUACCCCAGGAGGGAUCCGUACGAUUAUCCGACCUCCAGACCCGUGCCCCGAGAGUCGGCGCCGAGCUACCAGGACCCGCCCGCCUCCAGCCACGCGGGCCGCGCCCCGCUGCCCCAGUCAGGCCAGCAGCCGCCCAGCAACCAGCGCUACUAUCCGUCCUCGCCACACGCGGGACUACAGCAACGCGGCGCACUAAGACAGGACGUCCCGGCCUCCCCGACCGCCGCAGGACACAGAGGGCGUCACUACUACGAAGCCGUGGGAGCGCGGGGAGACGGCCGCGAGCGCUACACCAGCCCUGAACGCAACUACAACUACAGAGACGACAGGCAGCCCGACCCGCGGCGCAAGAACCCCCUCAUCGGCGCCGUGUAACGCACUCAGUCCAAGCCUCUGACCUCUAAAGGUGAGGCGAGGGGAGUGCGGGUCAGUCACAUGAUCGACGUGUAAAUACAGCGACCGCUGGUGUGGAGACACCAGGGAUUUUUUUGUGUGCUUGGAUGAGGUACUUUAGCAUUGACUCCUCAUUUAGCCUCACAGAAGAAAAUCUAUGCCAGAUUAAGUGUAUGAAACUGAAGUUUGUGUUGCUCACUCUCCCACACCAAACGCCAUAGAGAAAAUCAGUGAUUUUAGCUGUCGGGGACACAGGAGCUGCUGGUCCUCUGCUGCCUCGUGUGGUCACUUUGUGUCACUGAGGUGAAUCUGAACAAAGGAUUUCAAACACAGAAUUAACAAAAUAGCAAAUUUGAAGUCACCGAUGGAGGCGACAGUGGAUCAACAACUCCUGUGAGCUGUGAUGUUAAAAUCACUGAUUUUCUCUAUGGGGUUUGGUGUGGGAGAGUUUCCAGUCAGAAAAGUUGAAAUAAAGUAGUAAAUAUGUUCUUAAGAUGCCAUACACUUAAUCCGAUGAUGUUUUUAUGAGUGAGUAUUUUGAAUAUUAAGAAUAGGAAACUAUCUUCUUAAGACAGUUGGAACAAGCAUUUAAGACCGUUUGUGGGUGUGUAUAUAUACAUAUUUUCAGAAGUUGUGGAUUAUUUUAUAUCAAAAUUCAAAAGAAAUUAAAUGAAUUCCAUUCACAGAGUGAGCUUAGCGCCACAUGUUGAAUUUGUAGAAUUUGUUGGCUCACCUUGAAAAGACUGACAGCAAAAGAGAUAACAGGAAGCUGGAGCCGGCAAACAGGAAGAGGAAGUAGCUCCACUUCAAAGUUUAUCGACGUGUCCUUGUUCUGUCGCCCGCACUUCCUUUCCUCGCUGCUGUCGCACCAGUUUUUCUUCUGUGAUUGUUUCCAUGUGGACGUGACGACGGUUAUUUUCUGUAUAUUUUGAAGCGUAUAUAAAGUUUAUAUAAAGACAAAGAGUUUAACUCUAAUCCCUGAUCGCAAGCCUUGUGCAGCUAAUAUAGAGUUUAAUUUUAUUCUCCUUAAACGGUGGUUUGAAUAUUUUAAAAUAUAAAUACUUUGCAUUAAAGGUUUCUCCUGAAUCA